AUACGGAUGUUGUGGAAUAUUAGCUCAGGAAGCUGUCCCAGCCACACUGACUGUGAUGGCGACCAACAUUGAACAGAUUUUCCGGGACUUUGUUAUGAAUAAAAUAAAAGAAAUAGAGGACGAAAGCCAAGAUAAGAGUCGUACAGGCCAGGUGGAUUCUAAUGAUAGAGAGUCGCUCUCUGACUGGGGGACGGGAAUAAAUAAAGAAGCACCUCCUGUGGAAACGAUUAGUAAAUUGUCAGUUACAAAUCCUAGCUGCCAGGACAACAGUGCCAAAGAUGAAUUCAAUACUAAACAUAAGAAAACUAAAAAGCACAAAAAACACAAAAGCAAAAAGAAGAGGAAGAAACGUAAGGAGGAGAAGGAGAGCAGCUCAGAGACAGAAUCAGAUGGGGAAACUCAAGGAAGUGUGAAGAAGAAGAAAAGAAAGAAAAAGAAGAAACAGAAAAAAGGAGACAAAGUAAAAAGGUCUGGAUCACGAUCUGAAAGCUCUUCAGUUUCUGAAUCUGAGUCUGAGUAUGAAUCAAAACCUUUCAGUGAAACUACCAAAUCUUCAACUGGAAAGAUGUUGUCAAAGUCUGAACUCUGUGAUGGGGGUAAUUUUAAGAUUUCUCAAGAACUGCCUGACAUUGUUCCUAAGCUGGACACUACUACUGACAAAAACAAAAAAAUUGAAGGAGGCAAUGAAAGAAGCUCUAGUCGCUCUAGCACGUCCAGACAAGAGAGGAGUUUGAGAGCACGGUGCUCCCCUUCCAGAUCAAGCAAACGGAAAUCAAGGCAUAGAUCCAGAUCUCAGUCACUCAGACGAUCCCAGAGAUCAAAGUCAAAAUCUCGUUCAAGGAAAAGUCCCAAAAGGAAGUCUCCACAGCAGAGACACAGAAGUAGAUCCAGGUCAAGAUCACAAAGAUGCAGUAGGCAGUCCAGAUCUCAUUCAGCCAAAAAAAGCAGACAUUCAAGGUCCAGGUCAAUGUCUAGACGAAGUAGAUCAAGGUCUACUCUGAUCUUAAAGAAGAACAGGAGAUCUCGAUCAAAAUCUAGGUCUGUUUCACAUCACCGUUCCAGGCAUUCAAGGUCUAGGUCUCGACUACGGGCAGGACAUUCUACAUCAAGGUCCCGGUCAAAAUCUAAGUCUUUUCCAAAAGAUAACCAAAUUAAGACUGAGAUACAAAAGAAUGACAUGGUUCCAGAAUUAAAGAAUGAGGUUAGCUCUGCAAUAGAAGCUGGAACAAAAAAUAUAGACAAAGAUGGAAAUCAGACACUGGCAGUGAAUACUGGCAGCACUGUCAAAGAUGGCACUAUUAGUGAUGGCCAAGUUAAGGGAUCAUGGCGACCGGUUCCUUUCUUGGAUAACAGCUCUUCUACUAUCAUUUCUGGCUCUUCUGAGACCAAGCCUUCAGUGGAGUGCAUUACACCUGAGCUGCCUUUGGAUAUGAAAGAUAUUUCUGAAGAUACCUCAGAUAGAUCUAAAGAUCUGGGUGAUGUUCUUAGGACUGUAAAGAAAGAAGAAAUUACUAAUGUACAACUUAAAGACACUCAAGUAGUUAAACAUUCCAAGUCAAGAUCGAAGUCCACAUCUCCAACUCCACAAAGGCACUCAAAAUCAGUCUCAAGAAAAAGAUCAAGAUCCAGAUCUCCUAGAAAAAGGAGGCGGUCUAGAUCAUCCUCCAAGAACAGCAAGAAAACAUCCAAGUCAUCUCCUUCACGUAGGAAAAGAUCUAAAUCCAGAACACGGAAUAGGCAUUCUGAAUCCAGAUCGCCAAAAAGGAAAAAGUCAAAGUCCCACUCGCCAGAUCGAAGAAAGAGGUCUAGGACCCCAGACAGAAGUAGACGGUCAAGAUCAAGACAUAGAUCAUGCUCACGGUCGAGAAGAUCUAGAUCUGGCUCUCGUCGAAGAAGAGGAGGUUUCAGGAGCCGAAUGUUUAGUCAACGUGAUCGAUGGAAGAGAGAACCAAGUCAUUCCCCUGUCCUCAUUUUGCGGAAGAAAAGAUCAACUUCUCGAACUCGUCGUAGCUCCAGCAAGACACCCCCACGCCUUACUGAGCUUGACAAAGACCAGUUGCUCGAAAUUGCCAAGGCUAAUGCAGCUGCUAUGUGUGCUAAGGCUGGGAUGCCAGUUCCAGAGAGCCUUAGGCCCAAAGCCAUCCUUCAGCUACCUUUACCAACCCCAAAUCCCACUCCUUUAUCCUUACCCCUUCCCUUACCUGUUAAUCUCCCAAUGGGUGUACAAGGGAUGUCAAACAUGACCAUGAAUGCUGCUAUGGCUAGCAUGACUGCUGCCACUAUGACUGCUGCUCUGUCCAGCAUGGGAGCCCUUGCCGCCAUGCCACAGUUGGCCCCAUUGCCCACAAUCACCAACAAGCCUCCACCUUCAGCCACACCAAAUCUGGCUUCUAUUGAGGAAGCUAAAAGAAAAGUGACAAAGCAAGCAAACAGCUAUACUAUCAAGGAGCUAACAGAAAAAUGCAAGAAGAUUGCAGAGAGUAAAGAGGAGAUGGCCAUUGCAAAACCGCAUGUGUCAGAUGAUGAAGAAGAUGAGAAGCCUUUUGGAGGACUUGCCCUGAAGGAGAAUAAGGGCAUCACUUUCAGUCUCAGUAACCCCUCGGUGAAACCAGCUGUGAGAUCAGAGGCUGCCUUUGCCAAGGAGUUCCCAGUGUCUUCAGGUUCACAGCACCGCAAGAAGGAAGGAGAUGGAGCGUAUGGGGAAUGGGUGCCAGUGGAUAAAAAGAAUGACAAGGCAGGGUCUUCAUCAGCUUCUGCUGGGGCUGAGGAUCAGAACAAAGAUAAUGACAGUGUUUUUCCUGAUGCACCUUCACAACCGGUGGAUAUCACCCUGGCGGUCAGUGAAAGGGCAGUAGCCCAGAAGAGACUGGCAGAGAACCCAUUUGACAUCAAUGCCAUGUGUAUGCUUAAUCGUGCUCAGGAGCAGGUGGAUGCUUGGGCCCAGUCCAACACAAUCCCUGGUCUCUUCACUGGUUCCACAGGUGCUCAAGUGCUCUCAUCUGAAGAGCUGUCCAACAGUGGCCCUCAGGCUUGGAUCAAGAAGCAGGUGCAUUGCAGGAGGGGCAUCAGACUUCAGGGGUUGACUAUAGCCUACUUAGAAAGUCUUCUUUGAAAGAGGGGAGGAAGGAAGAGGACUUGAAGCAAGUCUCCUGGCACCCUCUUCUUGAUUGAGACUGGAAACUCAAAAUGGGUAAAAAGAAAGAAACAAAUAAAUUCUAGUAGUACUGAAAGGUCCUUCUAGCCAGAUUCAGAUUUCUCUCAUACCACUUUAAAAGUACACAUUCCAUUUUUAUUCCAAAAGAUGAAUGUAUGCCACCAGGUAUAGCAAUUACUCCGACCCUGCCAUGCAUGAUGUUUACUGUUUUAGGUAAGAGACGUAUUGUCCUGAAGACUUUGGAUGCUGGUUACUGUUUAACACGAUUCUGAGCUUUAUAUUUGGGUGUGGUAAUCCCAUGUUUUGUUUUUUUUUUAUAUAGAGUUCUUUAGAGCUAAAUAAAUAGUGUAAAAAUGCCAUACCCUCCACUAAGAGAUGCCGUGGCAUUCACACACCCAGAGAGGGCACACAGUCUGUUUGAUCAGUGGAGUGACAUAGCCAACUUCACUUAGUUACCACACAAACUUUAGACUGUAGUCAUGAGAUUCUGGACCAGCCAGUUUAUCAAAAGGUCGAUAUACUCCUGUCCUGUGAUGUUGACUACUACCAGUUAUAACAGUUGUUUGACACUUUAUUUGCAAGUGUGAUCUAAACUGAUCAAAUGUUUAGUAAGUGUUUAGCUGGACAGGACAAAACAUGCCUACAUUACUGAGUGUAAACCUAUGCUAGGGGUUCAUAAUAUAUCAUUUGGUAAAGGGGAAUUCCACGUUUUUUUAUUAUUAUUAUUUCUGCAUAAUUCAAUGUUUAAAAUGUAAAUGAACAAAUUCUGAGUGGUUUGAUGUGGAAAAAAAAAAUUGAGAGUUGUUCAUAGUGGUGGUGAUUGGAACCUGAUGUCUGAAGCCUUAAAUGCCUUUACAAGCUACCUUACCUUUUGGAUAGUAAAUAAAAUGGCUAUAUGUGCGUUGUAGAUGUUGCAACCCCUGGUUCCUAUCACCACCAUUGCAAAGAAUCUCAGUCGGUACAUUUCUCUACAGUGCACCAUGUUUCAUCAAUUCACCAUAAAUGACUUUGUUUAUAUGAAAAAUCAUUGAAAUUCUCUUUUAAUUCUUACUGCAAUAUCAGUCUUCCCAAUACUGAUGACAAGAAAGUCUACAAUAUAGAAAAGAAUGUCUUCACAAUGUCCAAUCACAAAUGUUCUCUGUGUUUUGAUGAAUCAAGCUAGUCCAGUAAUCCAACAAACGUAAAUCAUUUGGUCAAAAUAAUGUUGAACUAUUUCACAUCAGCAUCAUAUAUUGCUAGUUAUAUUCCAAUAUGUUAUGAUGUAUAAUCACAAUAAUAUACUUCCCUGUGUCAUAUAGCUGUAGCCUAUAUGGACACUAACAUUUGCACAGGGUCCAGCAAACACCCUAAUUUUGCUUGUAAUGAUUAUGAUUUAAAGCAGUUGUUCUCAAACUGGUCCUCAGGGCCCCCCAAACAGUCCAUAUUUUCACUCGAUCUCAACUGUCAACACAGGGAUAGAACAAAAAUAUGGACCAUCUGAAGGCCCUGAGGAACAGUUUGAGAACCAGUGUUCUAAAGAAUGUUUGAUGCCUUUUUUGGAUUGGGGUUUCAACAGCGGUUUGGCAUCUAUUGUCAAUAUCAACAUGUCUGGGUGCAGGGUUCCAAACCACUGAGCUGUUUUGCCCUGCUUGUGGAGGUGUUGAGGUGGGGCACAAACGCAAGAGGGGUGGGGGUUCACAGUCUUAACUGUGAACUCUCACCCCUCUAUAUGGAAACUUGUUGCAGGGUCAGUCCUUGUAGCUGCCUUGUUGCCAUGGUCACUGUCAGGCCCCUUCUAUUCACGUCAGAUGCAGAGCCGAUGAUGGGGGCCUAGGUACGUACGUCAUACAGCACCCUAUUUCUUUUCAUUUGGAUUUGUGUCCACUCUGAUGCAAUCUGCCAUGCCUUUUUGUGUGUUUCAGCUGAACCAAGGGUAUUGAUACCAUAUCAAAGGUGGUAUUGAUACCUUUUAGAGGAAAACCAUUUCAGUAUAUACUUAAUUUUUGGAGCAUUUAAAAUAUUGCUUCUUAAACUAUACUUUUAUAGGUGAAUUAGGAGCUGGGUGUGAUAAAUUCCCAUGUUGCAAAGUAAUGCUACCAUUUUAAUAUAUAAUUAAUAUUUGUAGCUCUUAAAAUAUGGCCUCUUGUUCAGUUAUUUAAACAAUGCAGAAUAUAUUGGUAAUUGCUGACAUAAUCCACAGGUGGAUUAGGAGGAACAAAUUACUCAGUUAAAUAUUUAAGGACCUUUUGAUUUUUCAUUUCAUUUCAUUGAAAAGUCUUUGAAAUUCCAGAAGGUAGCCAGUAGAAUUAUCCAGAUCUGUUAGUUUGAUGUUGGUUACAAAUUACUUAUGCUUACUUACUGUUGGUCAGUACUUACUUACUGUUGGUCUGUGAGUUCUUACUAUUUCCUCUUUGCUUGUCUGCCUUUUUUCUUUCUCUGUCUCCUUCUGCC